UUUUUUUUUUUUUUAACAAUUGGAGAAAAAAAUAUCCCGUAAGGAUAUUAAAUGGUAAACACAGAAUACAAAUGAGAAAAUAUCCUAAAAGAUGGAAAAGUUUGCUCUGUGUUUGUCUUUUAAGAAAGCAUGUAAAUGCAUUGGACCAAUCACAGGCUGACACAGAUAUUCCAGAUGGCUGCUGCUUGAUGGAAUCAUGUUUCACUGCUCGCCUUCUGCAAGUGUUUGAGUCUCACUCAGACCGGCUGUGAAACCGUUACCAUUCAGCUGAAGCCACACAAGAGCUGAAAAUAUCUUCUCGAGGAAGAAAACAAGAUUCCUUUGGAGAAAGUUUGCAGAUUUCCGGAAGCCUGUCCUGGCUGUUUCUUGUGUUGAGAGGACUGAGGAAUGGCCAUAUAGAGCAAGUCUGACUCCAGCAGGCUUACUGAGGUGUCCACACUGGCUUAUCUGGACGAAGGGACAUCAACGUCAGACAGAGAGUUUGGAGAGGAGCCCGAUCUCCAGCAGAAAGCUCUGGAGGAACCUCAGGCAGUGGGUGCAGAAGACACUGGAAUAUCAGACGUCAUGUCCAGGGAUGAGGAAUAUCAAAUGCAUGGCUUUACAAGUUUAGAAGACAGCAACAUCCAGUCAUGCAUCAGAAACAGGUCAGGUGUGUCAGUCACUUCAAGCGAGAGAGAGAAAAAAUCUACAGCGUGCUGCCUCAGAAAACGUCACAGGAAACACAGAACAGAGAUUAAAGACACGAGGAAAACGAGGGGGACGUGUAGAAAAGACAGAGCAAGAACAAGAAGAAAUGCUCCAUUACUUUCUGACCAGAAGACCAGCGGCUCCUCAAGAUGCUCCAAACCUAGCUCUAAAGAUCAAGACAAGUUCUCCUCUACACCAGAGCGAGUAUCCCGACCUCAGCAGGUCACUUCAGACCUGUGGGAUUGUCCUCAAGAUGUUUCCCAUCUACGCCUUCAAAAGCUGGAGGUCGACUUCCCUUCGACCUUUGAGUCUCGCAGUUUGAUAUCAGCCGGUGUGGAACCAAACUCUGACUCUGAGUUUGCAUAUAUCUAUGCCGAGAGCAUCAAAGGAUGCGACUCGACUUGUUGCACGACUCCAGGAGACUGCAAUACCCACAAUCCUCUUGUCAAGACUGAUACAAGCACUGAAAGAGACCCUGAAUCGGUUCGGAACAGCUUUGAGGAAGAAUCUGAAGACUCAGAUUGUGAUUUAUACAUGUUUGCUUGCAGUAUAGCAGCUACUGCAGGUUCCAGGUUGAACGCUGACUGCUUUGGGUCUUCACUAGAUGAUUUUGACUCGACUUGUAUUUAUACAGACAGGGAAAGGAGACCCGGCAGUAGAGAAACUGAGCAGGGUUACAGCCCAGCCGAGGCGGAGUGGAGCUGUGAGAGUUCAUGUUACACCGCCGACUGUGACUCUUACUGUACCACAGACAGACAGACCAGCAGCUCGGAUUCAGACGGCUGCUGUUUAGAGGCUCUCGGUCACAUAAAAUGUCCUGAAGUGUUUUUGCCAGGAUUUGAAGGUUGCUUUGACUGCGGUGAUGUGGCUGAAGACGUCUGCAGAGAUCCUGAGACUUUUUGCUCCAGACGGGAAACAGGUGAACUGUGCGGCGUUGUGACUCAAACGGACCGAAGGCAUUUCUCUGAAAUUUUCUGUGAGGUGAUUAAAGAAGUGACGCAGGAGAAAGACACAGAGAAAAUGAAUGUAAACGAGGGGUUUCUGUUCCAUCCUAAGCAGUUCCUCCAGGUGAAGAACUCUGAAUAUCGAGAGGGUCGUGAAUAUUCAUUUCUCCGUCACAUUCAAAAUGGCUCAUAUGGAGAUGUGUUCAGUAUUCGGGACAAACAAACAGGAUUUACAUGUGCCGCCAAAAAGAUUCCCCUUUGUAGUUUUAGGUGGGAGGAAGUGGAAACAUGGAGCAGGAUGGAGUCUCCUCGAGUCCUCCAGCUGUAUGGGGCCGUGAGAGAGGGGCUCAAUGUGAUUCUCUUCAUGGACCUGAAAACAGGUUCUUUAGCUCAGUUGCUGAGAGUGAAGGGUCGUCUGUCUGAAGAGCUGGCUCUGUGUUAUCAUUCUCAGGUCCUGCAGGCUCUCCAGCACCUGCACAGCAGACGCGUCGUACACCUGGAUGUCAAAGUUGACAACGUGUUGCUGUCUGAGGAUGGCAGAGAGUGUUUUCUGUGUGAUUUUGGACUCUCUGAGACACUCAAUCAGGGUGGAUACAGCACCAAAACCUUCAGAGGGAACAUUCUGCGUGGCACAGAGUCUCAUAUGCCUCCGGAGGUGGCGAGGGGGGAUCCUCGCUCUGCUAAAGCUGACAUCUGGAGCAGCUGCUGUAUGUUACUGCACAUGCUCAACGGACACCAGCCCUGGACGCGAUACUACCCUCAUCCACUCUAUCUGAAGAUUGUGAGUGAGCCACCUCCAUUAUGGGAGAUUCCACCUGACUGUGACCCGCUGACCUGUGAUGUCAUCAAAGGGGGACUGGUCAAGGAGCCGAGAGAGAGACAUUCGGCAUCAGAACUGCUGCAAAAGACUGUGAAAGCCCUCAGAAAAGUCUGUGGGCUCUCUGGUUCUGAGGAACCAUCUAAACAAUAUUCAGCAUCUGUACCCGAGGACUGUCCGGAUGUGAACUUGCAUGAGACCCCUGUCCCAUCCACCGUGGAAACUCCAGCGAAAACACGUCCUCCUAGCUUCCCAGAAGACCUCUCAGCACCCACAAUUCACUGGGUGAGCACAUGGAGACAGACGGCACCAAACGAGGAUGAUUCUGACUCCACGACAGAGGAGAGCGAGUGGGAUGAAGAUGCAGAAAACAACAAACUAAAAAGAGACAAGAUGAGCAGCUGGAUGGACAGAUACUGGGGUGAGGAGGAAAAUAAUGAGAAACAAAUCUGUUCAGAAGAUGACAGCGAGCUGGAAUCUGAUGAGAACUCAUCGCAGAUCAAUGAAAAUGUCAACGCAACAGAUCAAACAGAUGCUGAGGAAAGCAAAACCGAUUAUUACACUGACAAAAGAGUUGUGUUUGGGGGAUGCGGUGAGUUUGACAGAAGUCUUUUAGAGGAGUCAGAGAGCUGGGAUGGAGAGAUCCGAAGCAUCGUGGAUGAUGAAAAGGUGGAGAGUGAUCUGGAGAGUCUUCGAGAGCUUGGCAGCGACGGGGCUCAGGAGUGGGAACCGUUUCUACAGCUCCAGACACGUUAUCUCCCGAAAGAAGCUCAACUGAAGAGCGAAGACAGCUAUUCGGAGUCUGAAGAAGAGUCGGUCAUGCUGAGGAAGAGUGAACAAAAAGGCACAAGUUUACCUGAUUCUCAUGGACCGCAGCCUUUCACUUGCACCAUCCGCUGUGACUCUGAACAAGACCUUAGCGAAGAGGACUCUGAUGAUUUAAGCUCGGGGGUAUUUUCCUCAUGUAGCACCGCAGAUGGCCAUAGCUUCAACGUGGAUUGGUCAGUGUCAACUGACCAGACGCCAUCUUGCUUCUUUGAAGGUCUUGGAGUGGAUAUAUGGGUGGAAGAUGUAAGCGGAGAGAGUUUAAAGAUCAGAGAGAGACCAAAGGUGAAAAUCGGACACGUUGCUGUGGGAAUCAGUGAACAGUUAUCUCUGAGGACAUUCAGUUUGGCUACAUUAGACGGGCGGCUGGUGUCUCCGGAUACAGAAGUGUGCGAGUCGGGAAUGUGGUUGCAGUGCGUUCCUGCUCCUGAUGGCAGUCUCACCUGGGAAUGGAGGGUCAGAGAUGGAAAACUAGAGCUGCGGGAAUUUGAUGAACAUCCAGAUACCUGCUCAACAGUGGCACUCUAGCAAAAGUGACCAUUACAAACAAACAGUUUUAUACAUCUCAUUCCAUUAAUAUCUUCUUUUGUCACUUCAUGUAUUUGCAUUUUCAAAAUCGUCUCAGCUGACUAAGCUUAAUCCUAAUGUGUCAAAUUGUACAAUUAUUGUAUGAUGUACAUUGUAAAUUUGUUGUGUUAAUAGUUUUGUUAGGAAGACAACACUUAAUUUCAGUGUUAUACAUACAUGCUUUUAAAUAAAAUAUAUAAAUAUAUUUUGUGCAUGAAAACAAACGCUAUUUUAAUGCUAUGCAAUGUAAGCUAAGGCGUGUACACUGUACAGUGACUACAAUAAAUCGGAAGUCCUUACUUCCUUAUUUCCCAAA